AGCCACUUGCACUUUGACCGCAGCUAUGGCGAGCUCCAUAAUCAACAAUGUGCUUGGCAGAGACGCCUCGGCAUAUUUUGCAACGUUUGGACUUGUUGCAGCAUCCUAUUUAGCGCUUAAAGUUGCUUUAAAUGUUAUUAAAUCCUUGAAAUCCGUUGUAUUUGCUGGGUCUACAAAUUUCAAGAAAUUAGGAUCAUGGGCAGUUGUCACAGGUUCAACAGAUGGUAUUGGAAAAGCUUAUGCAAAAGAACUAGCUAAAAGGGGAGUCAAUAUUGUAUUAAUAAGUCGUUCAGAAGCAAAACUUCAGGAGGUUGCCAAUGAAAUAGAAAAAGAGAGCAAAGUUCAAACUAGAAUUGUUGUUGCUGACUUCAGUAAAGGUCUGGAAUUGUAUGAUUCCAUUAGGGACCAGUUAGCCGGCCUGGAGAUUGGAACACUGGUAAACAAUGUAGGGAUGUCAUAUUCUUUUCCAAACUACUUUUUGGAUUUACCUGAUAGAGAAGAGUUUUUUAUGAAAAUGAUCAACAUCAAUGUAACAUCUGUGACCAUGAUGACUAGUAUUGUGAUGCCUGGUAUGGUGGAGAGAAGGAAAGGUGCUGUCAUAAACCUGUCCUCUGCUGCUGGACUGACCCCCACUCCUCUGCUCACCGUGUACUCUGCCUGCAAGGCUUAUGUGACAUUCUUCUCCAGGUGUAUACAGGAUGAAUAUGGAUCCAAGGGAAUUUUUUGUCAGUGUGUGAUGCCAUAUUUUGUUGCUACAAAGAUGUCCAAGAUCAGGAAACCCUCUUUAUUUGCACCUAGUCCCACCACCUAUGUGAAAGCUGCCCUGAAUUCUGUUGGCGUAUCAGAUGCGACCCAUGGCUACUGGGCGCAUAACAUGCAGGGCUCAAUAACAGGCAUAUUACCACCAGCAUUCUUGAAAAUGGUGACUCGCAACAUGAUGGACAAAGCCAGGAAAGCUUAUUUAAAGAAGAUGGCAAACAAGAAAGAAUAAUGUUAAUCAAGUCAAUAGGAUACAAAUUUGUAGUUGCUAAUUUUUUUUUAUAAUUCAGUUUCAAUAAGCUUCAUCUGUUCUUUGCUUAAUGUCAGUACCUGUAUUUUUUUUUCAGAGGGUCUACAUGUAUAACAUGUUCAUAAUCUAUGCAUAAACUCUAAAUUCUUCUUUACAUUUAUGAAUUCCAGCAUGAUGAACUGUCAGUUCAAGUGUUUAUUACAUGUGUUUAUGUUUUGUUAGCUUUUCAUUUAGCUUUUUAAAGCCUAGAUUUUUAAUGUAGAGACAAGGAGAAAUCUCUAAAAGUUAUGCAAUGUAAUUUGCUAUUAAAAAAAUGCAUGUUUUAAAAUUAUAACCACCUUGAAAUCCUACAACAUUUUCUUGUUAAGCCAUUCAUAGUCAGUACUAGCUAGUCAGACAGAACAUGUAUUUACUGAAUAAGAUAAGGUCUUAAAAAAAAUAUUUAUUUUAAAUUUUUCUCUUCUGUAUUUAUUUUUUGAUUUCUGGACCAUCAUCCAAUUAUAUAUGAUGCAAGCCAACUGUAUAAAUUUAAUAAAGUCAAUUGAAAACUU